AUGGCUGGAUAUAGUAGUAAUGAAGAGGAACCUCCAAAGGAAGAAAAGAAAAUCUCUAAAUUGGAAGAUAUGCAAAGCCCAUUUGAUUAUAAAAGAUUUUUUCGUAAGUACACAAUCUUUGCUCCCUUUAUUCUUGUGUACUUUACCAUAAUGUUUUUUGUUAAUUCGACUGUGCAAAAUGGUACAAUGUUAUUAAAUUCUAUAAAGGAGAAUGCCAACUCGAAACUUCCUGCUUUAUUGUGGAAUAAAAUAAGAGGGAAGGGAAAGGAUAAUGAAGUAAAUUUUGAAGAUAAGAAAAUGAUAGAAGGUAACAAAUGUGGCAGUGAAGAUGAGCACAAUAAACAUAAAAAAAGAAAAGUAGACAAUCAAGAAGAUGAUUAUGAUGUUAAUGAAUAUGGAAAUCCCAAAAUUGGUGCUCCAUACAAGAGCGAAGAAGAACUUGCAGAACAACAAAAUUAUGAUGAAGAACAUCACGGAGAUUAUGAUAAUGAAGACAAUAACGAAUAUCAUGGAAAAUCCAAUGUAGAAAAAAAUAAAGAUUAUCCAGAACAGGGACAAAAAGACGAAGAAAAAGAAAAAGAAGCAAAAAAAAAAGCGGAAGAAUUUGAAAAAAGAAAACAACUACAUGAAGAAGAAAAAAAAAAAGCUAGAGAAACACAACUAGCCUUACAUAAAAAAUUACAAGAACAAUUACAACGAUUAAAAGAACAAGAAAAAAAGAAAGUGGAACACCAAAAAUUAAUACAUAAAAUUAAAACACAAGGUGAUGUACAUCCAGCAGUGCAAAAAGUACUUAACAAGUAUCAUCAAAAAGAAAAAGAUGAAGAACAACAGAUACUUAAAAUAAGAGACUUACAAGUACAAUUACGUCAUAUCCAACAAAAAAUUCAAAAUCUCAAAUCUACUAAUAAUGGCCAACCAAAAACGAAAGAUGAGUAUUUACAAUUAAAAGAUCUACAAAAAGAAUAUUAUGAUAAAGAACAGGAUGAACAAAAUAUGAUAGAACACUUAGAAAACUUACAAGGAGAAAUGCAAUACAUAUUUGAAGAAUUACAAGUUGUAUAUGAUGAAAACCAAGCAAAAACAGCGCAAGCAAAAGACGAACAACAUGAAUUGAAACCACAAGCUGAAAAAGACGCAUCAAAA